AUGGAGAGCAGAAGCACUGCAAGAUCAAGAUCAGGAGAACACAACCGCCAUGGUGGCGGCGGCCAGCAGCAGCAGCUGCGGCCGGCAUGGAGCUACGGCGUCAGCUUCACCGGCGGCGUGCCGUGGCCGCCAGCGCUGCAGAGGUCGUCGUAUACUUGCGGGUACUGCAAGAGAGAGUUCCGUUCGGCGCAGGCGCUGGGGGGCCACAUGAACGUCCACCGCAGGGAGAGGGCCAGGCUGCGCCACUACUACUGCAGCAACUACCCUGCAGCUAUGGCUAUGCACAGGCAAGCGAAUCCUCCUCCUCUGCCGCAGCAUUUCACAGGUGGCGGAUCCUCGACGAUGGCGGCGGCGGCCGUCGUCGCUACUGAUCCGGCAGUAGUCUACAGCUUCUUCUCGGCGGCCGAAGCGGCGGCGACGACAACGACGAAGGAUGCGUUGAUGGAGGUGGACCUGGAGCUUGGGGUCGGAGGGUUCGGUAGCGAUGGAGGUUUGGAUCUUGAGCUUAGGCUUGGCUGCUCUUGA